UGUUUAAACAGUCAAAACAAAACGGAAUUUCCUCAUCUUGUGGAUCUUCAGCCCAAAGCCACUCUUCUCUUAUCCCUCUCUCAUAAAACCCUAGUCCGCCAUAACCAUUUUAUACCUCCACAAACCUUGCCCUCUCUUCUCUACCUUUUGUUUCUCUUCUCAACUUUCACCAAUGGCGUCUACUUUUGUGCGCACACCUUCCCUUCAAGACCCAUCUCUUUUAUCUCCUCACUCAUCUUCCUUCUAUCCCAGAGCUCUCUCUAAACCCUGUUUUUCGAUAUUUCCCUCUCCCAUAUCCCACAAAUACACUUCCGUCAAAGCCUCUUACAACCCUAUUUCCACCUUCUACACCGCAAAAAAUCAAACCCCAGAUGAAGAAUUUGUCGAUUUUUCUGAUGAUAAACCAAGGGAAGAGUGCGGUGUUGUCGGAGUUUAUGGCGAUCCAGAAGCAUCUCGUCUCUGUUAUCUCGCUCUUCACGCUCUACAACAUCGUGGGCAAGAAGGUGCUGGUAUUGUUACCGUAAACGACGGCGUUUUGCAGAGUAUUACUGGGGUUGGAUUGGUUUCUGAAGUUUUUAAUGAAUCAAAACUUGAUCAAUUAAUUGGAAAUAAUUCAAUUGGUCAUGUUCGCUAUUCAACUGCCGGUUCUUCUAUGCUCAAAAAUGUGCAACCCUUUGUUGCAGGUUACAGGUAUGGUUCAGUAGGUGUUGCACAUAAUGGUAAUUUGGUUAAUUAUAAAUCUUUAAGGCAUAUGCUUGAAGAUAAUGGUUCAAUUUUUAAUACUACUUCUGAUACUGAAGUUGUUCUUCAUUUGAUUGCUAUUUCUAAAGCUAGGCCUUUCUUUUUGAGAAUUGUUGAAGCUUGUGAAAAAUUACAGGGUGCUUAUUCUAUGGUGUUUUUGACUGAAGAUAAACUUGUUGCGGUUCGAGACCCGUAUGGGUUUCGACCGCUUGUUAUGGGUAGGAGGAGUAAUGGGGCUGUUGUUUUUGCUUCUGAAACUUGUGCACUUGAUUUAAUUGAGGCUACCUAUGAGAGGGAAGUUUUACCUGGUGAGGUUUUAGUUGUGGAUAAAGAUGGUGUUCAAUCAUUGUGUUUAAUGCCUCAUCCUGAACCUAAACAGUGUAUUUUUGAACAUAUUUACUUCUCUUUGCCUAAUUCUGUUGUUUUUGGGAGAUCUGUAUACGAUUCUAGGCGCGCUUUCGGUGAGAUUCUUGCUACUGAAUCACCUGUUGAUUGUGAUGUUGUUAUUGCUGUGCCUGAUUCUGGUGUUGUUGCUGCUGUUGGGUAUGCUGAGAAAGCUGGAGUGCCUUUCCAACAAGGGUUAAUUAGGUCACAUUAUGUGGGUAGGACCUUUAUUGAGCCUUCUCAGAAGAUUAGAGAUUUCGGGGUUAAGCUUAAGUUGGCACCGGUAAAGGCAGUGUUGGAGGGUAAGCGGGUUGUCGUUGUGGACGAUUCGAUUGUUAGGGGAACCACAUCGUCUAAAAUCGUUCGAUUGAUUAAGGAGGCAGGAGCGAAAGAGGUACAUAUGAGGAUUGCAAGCCCACCUAUCAUUGGUUCUUGUUAUUAUGGAGUGGAUACUCCUAGUUCCGAAGAAUUGAUUUCGAAUAGGCUGAAUGUGGAGCAAAUUAGGGAGUAUAUUGGGUCUGAUUCACUUGCAUUUCUAUCUCUUGAUAGUUUAAGGAAGUUGUUGGGUGGUGAUUCACCCAAUUUUUGCUAUGCUUGUUUCUCGGGGAACUACCCUGUUGAGCCUAAAGAAUCGAAAGUUAAAAGUAUCGGUGAUUUUGUUGAUGAUGGCUUGACCGGAGUUAUCGACUCCAUCGAUGGAGGAUGGGUUCAAGGGCCUAGAUUGCCGAAAGUAGAGAAGGUUGGUGGUGCUUUGUAGUAUGUCUAGCUUAGUAUUUAUCUUCAAGAUCAAGAUAAUAACGUAUCCUGAUCCUCUUCUCGAAUCCUCGACCUAGUUUUUGUAGUAGUAUACAGAAGAUGGAUAUAGAAUCUUCUAAUUUGUGACACUAACAAUGAAGGGCUCCAAGAUUUGGAAGAAGACUUGGAAAGAUAAAGAAGGGUCCUGAGCCUUUGUCUUGGUAAAAGUUUGGAUCAUAAGAAACUUUUGUUAUUAUUGCUUAUCAAUUUAUGCUUUUUUCAUUUUGAUUUCUAUGUUUAACUAUACUCUUUGCUUUGAUGUUGAUCAUGAUAUACAAGCUUUAUUGAUCUCAAAA